GAGUUUCCCAUUGCUGCUUCCACAACCAACUUUCGAGGGGGUGAGGGUUUUAGUCCAUCCGGGGGGGUUUGAGGGGGUGGGGGGUUGUGGACGGGCACGGCCACGACAUAGCAGCGAGUGCUUUGAUUGUCUGGCAAUGCCUCGCUUACGGAGGAAGGAGCGUGAGGAUGUCGUGUUGGCUUUGAUGGCCACCGCGGGGAAAAUGGCAGAUGAUGCCUUCGAAAUGUUGGAUCUCAUCAUGGGAUUCCGGACAAGGAGACCAUCUUUCAUUCUAGGGUCCACACAGCAGUCACAUAAAUUUGACUCUGUCGAUGACGAUGGCGAUGGGCAUGGCGGCCGUAGUCUCCUGUGGCUGUUGCCCACCAUUGUGGAGUUGACGAAUGCCAUUGCAAGGCCUCCCCCAAGGUGACAAAUGUCGGAGGACAUGCACAUGCAGGCAGAUCAGACAUCUACAGCCUUGCGGGAAGCGUUGGUGGAGCGGGAUGCGGUUGCGGCGGAGUGGGGAGAAGCUAUGGCGGAGCGGGAUGAAGUUCGAAGACAGCUGGAUGCAGCAUCAAGGGAUCUGCGAGUGACACGUCAGCACGCUCAAACGGCUUGGCGAAUCUAUAACGACAUUGUGUAUGGUGGUCAGACUGCGCAUCAGAAGUUCCCACCACCGGCGAGAGAUUUGUGUGAUGGGAUGGGAUGCAUGACACUCCACGAUAAAGGAAAGGCUGCCGGCAGAUGCACUUCCACCUCUGCUGCGCAGGCGUCGAAAUGCGUUUCCUGUGAGGACUUGACUGCGCGUGUGUCGGAGAUGGAGAGCGAGAUUGUGAAACUUCAGAUGACUAACGAGCUCCUUACUUAUCUUCCUUCAUUCUGGGAAGACAUGGAAAAGGAACUCCGGGAGUUCAGGCCUCCGGCGAAGUUCCCACCACCACCGGGUCGCCCCUUGUGAUAGCGCAAGUGUUGUCUACCAUUUAGCAUCACCGCUUCAUAAGACUCC